UGACAAAUAAGAGGAACCUCUAGUUCCUUCAAGUUGUUCUUCCCAGUCCGACCAUGAGGGUAUCGCUUGGAUUCCUUUAUGCUCCAGUCUUCUGCCUCCUCUGGAUUACAAAGCAUGCAGUGGACUCAGUUCAGCUCUCGGCUCCAGAGAGGGUAACAGGAGCAUAUGGAGGAUCUGUGACAGUCUCUUGUCAGUACGACCUUCAGUUCAGAGAACACACAAAGUACUGGUGCAAAGGAAAGACAUAUGAGUUGUGUAAUAUAGUGGUAAAAACACCCAAGAACCGAGGCAGUAAAAGAAGCUUCAUCGCAGACGAUAAGGAGACAGGAGUCUUCACUGUAAAUAUGACUGAUCUCAGGAAAGAAGAUGAUGGUAUGUACUGGUGUGUCAUCGCCAGAAAAGGAAGGAACAUCUACACUGGUGUCAGGCUCCACGUCUCCGACACAGUGAUAACAACCACCACACCCACACCAACCACUUCACCACCAGUGACACGGCAUGAAAUAUGUUGGUGGGUGGCUCUACGUUGGAUCCUCUUUAUUUUAAUGUUGUCUUGUUUGGUAGCAACACACAUCGUUGUGUGGAGAAUAGACUGUAAGGAAACAAAACAGACAGAUGCUAGUGUCAACUUAAACAUUUAUAACUGAGUUUGGCGAAAGUUUAAUUUAUAAAUAAGGUCAUACCGGGGAUGCAAAAUCAAUCUUCCACUGGACUCUAGCAGUGUGUGAAUUAAACUGAAAAAUAAACCGAGUGAAAAAAA